UUAAGGUUAAGUGCUAAACAAUGAGUUAAACUAAAACACCAGUAAUUGUUGAAGAAUUUGAAAUUGAAUAAUGAAAAUAUAAUGUAUUAAAGGAAAUAUGUCCUGUGAGUCUUCUAAAGAUCGACAGGAGAACGAAAUCGAGGUUUUGAAGAGUAUCUUUGGAGACGAACUUCGCGACUUACGUGUUGAGAAAAAUAGACGAAAAUGGCGACCGUUGGACAUUUUGAUUACUUUGAUGCCUCAGAAAGGCAUGUCAGGACCAGCUAAAGUAUACGCACAGAUUGAUUUACAUGUAACGUGUAGCGAUAAAUAUCCCGACGAAAAACCGAAUAUAAAGUUAAAAAAUAGCAGAGGCUUAUCUCAUCAACAAGUUGCAGAAUUAUAUGCCGAAUUAGUGGAAUUAACGAAACGAUUGCAGGGAGAAGUAAUGAUUUUUGAAUUAGCACAGCAUGUUCAAAAAUAUUUGCACGAGAACAAUAAACCAAGCUAUAGUAGCUUCUAUGAAGAAAUGGUUUCACGACGCCAAGAAAAAAUCGAAUAUGAAAUGUUGGAAAAACAAUUAAAAGAAGAUAAAGAAAGACAGGUAUUACAGGAUGAAAUUCAAAAAAGACAAGAAGCUUUAAAAGCUGAGCUUCGUAACCGAAAAGAAUCCAUUCGUUUGUACAAUGAUCGAUCAAAUAAUCCAUCUCAAUCGAUACCAUCCUCUCCUCAAGAGAGAUCACGGUUCUAUUCUCGAAGAAGAUGUGCUAGUAGUUCUGAAAGUUCAGAUGGUUUCCUUUGCGAACACAGAGGCACGAAGUUAUUACACUUCGAUCAUAAUAAAGGUGAACGACAAGUGUACAGAGCAAAAUGCAUGGGUCAUAGUACUAAGGGAUCAGUUGUUUAUGCUGGUGUAGAUAUGACAACUGGAGAAUUGUUUGCAAUUAGUGAGUGGACAUUGAAAGUAAAUAACAAAAUUGAAGAAAAUAGUAUUCAACAUAUUAUGAAACAAGUAGGAAGUCUAGAACAAGAAGUAAAUCAUUUGCAUAAAUUACAUCAUCCAAAUCUAGUACAUUAUUUAAAUAUGAAGUACUUACAAGAGGAAGAUGAUGUACUUAUUUAUGUUCUUCAAGAAUUUGUAAUAGGUACUAGUUGUUCCUUAUUUUUAUUGGAGAACCUCCCAGUGAAUGUCGAUUUUCUACGAUAUCUGGCAACUGGAAUCCUCUCUGCUUUAAGAUAUUUACAUGAAAAUAAUGUUGUUCACAAGGACCUACGUGAUACCAGUAUCUACAUUGAUAGUACAGGAAUAGUUAGAUUAUCGGAUUAUUCUCUAAAUAAAAGAUUGUCUGAUAUUUAUCAGUCGUGUACAAUAGUUAAGUCUGAACCAGAUUUCCCAAGUAUACAAGGCAGAGGUGGAAAAAAGGCAGAUAUCUAUCGUUUUGGAGUCCUUAUGUUUUCCUUAUUAAAUGGUAUCAUAGUUUCUGGAGAUAAAAUUGAUCCAACAGCAAUUGCACAGCCUGAUCUUCAAGAUUUUUUAUUAAAGUGCCUUAUCAAUGAUGAACGAAAGCGUUGGUCCGCCGAGCAACUGUUACAGCACUCAUUCAUAAAAGCACCUUUAGCUCAUGCAUUAUCACCGCCAAAAAUACCACGAAGAGAUGAACAAGAGAAUCGCGAACCGGAAGAACCUGAUACAGAUAUUCGACAAUAUGUUCCUCCAUUAGGUGGUCAUUCAAGAAUUACAAAUGAAUUCGAAAUUCUUGAAUGGCUUGGAAAAGGUGCUUUCGGUGAUGUACUUAAAGUAAAAAAUAAAUUAGAUGGCGGUAUUUACGCGAUUAAAAGAAUAGAAUUGAAUCCAAAAAAUAAGCAACUGAAUAAAAAAAUUACCAGAGAGGUAAAAUUAUUAUCUCGGAUGAAUCAUGAAAAUGUAGUACGAUAUUACAAUUCGUGGAUAGAAAGUGCUAUAAUAACUGACGCAGUAGAAGAACAUAUGUCCAUGACAUUUUCCGAAAAAAAGAGUCCAGAUCCAUUUAAUCACUUAGGAACGGAUGAUAUUGAAAAAUUAGCACCACCACUACACGAAGUUGAAUGGAAUGUUUCAUACAAAUCUCGAACGAAUGCAACAGUUGAUAGUGAUGAAGAUAACAGUGAUGCUUCGAGUGAUACUGACAGUGAUGAAGAUUGUGCGUUUUUAAUGCAGAAUCUUUUAAGAAUGGAUUCUUCUGAUAGCAUAGAAUUUGAAAGAGAUACAAACUAUCAACCAUCUGCCUCAAAUAUAAAAAACGAUGAAAAUGGAGAUAUGAAUGAAUCAAAAGAAACAGUUAGAGAAAUUCAGUUUAUGUACAUUCAAAUGGAAUUUUGUGAAAAGAGUACUCUUCGAACAGCAAUUGAUGGUGGGCUUUAUGAAGAUCAAGAACGAGUGUGGAGAUUAUUUCGAGAAAUCGUUGAAGGUCUAGCACAUAUUCAUCAACAAGGAAUGAUACAUAGAGAUUUAAAACCAGUAAAUAUAUUCUUGGAUAGUAAUGACCAUGUCAAAAUUGGAGAUUUUGGUCUGGCAACUACAAAUAUACUUUCGUCUUUUGCACAAACAAUGGAAACCGAUAAUAAAGAAUCUCAAGGUUUAGAAAAAGGAAUUAGUUUCGGCACAGAAGAUGUUGGAUCUUUAACAGGCCAAGUAGGCACAGCUCUUUAUGUAGCUCCAGAGCUUACAACAAAAGCAGCCAAAGCUAUUUACAACCAAAAAGUCGAUAUUUAUAGUCUUGGAAUAAUAUUGUUUGAAAUGUGUUACAAACCUCUCACUACAGGAAUGGAACGAAUUAAAAUUUUACUUAAUUUACGAUCGAAAGAAAUUAUACUUCCGUCAGAAAUACAACAAGCUGAUAUGUCCCGACAAAUUCACAUCUUACGAUGGUUAUUAAACCACGAUCCCAGUCAACGUCCCACUGCUCAAGAACUUCUUUCUUCAGAAUACCUACCCCCUCCGCGACUUGAAGAAACGGAACUGCAAGAAAUGAUUCGACGUACUCUUUCAAAUAAUCAAAGCAAAGCAUAUAAAUACCUAAUUUCAUGCUGUUUUAUGCAGGAAGUUAGUCCAGCAGACGAUAUUACUUACGAUAUGAAUUUACCUAGCAGAGGUCAUACCAAUUUUAUUGCUUGGAGAAAACAUCAGGAAGGUGUAAAGUGCAAAGUAAUCGAAGUUUUUCAAAGACAUGGUGGUGUUUAUUUAGGAACUCCGUUAUUGAUACCAAAAUCGUAUCAGUUCUGUACUUUUUCAACUUCCAGUGUGAAAUUAAUGACUCGUAAUGGAAAUAUUGUUUGUAUUCCCCAUGAUUUACGUGCUGCAUUUGCAAGGUACAUUGUGUGGAAUAAUGUACCACAUAUUAGGAGAUAUGCUAUUGAAAGAGUCUUUAGAGAAAAAAAGGUUUUGGGUUUUCAUCCGAGAGAACUUUAUGAAUGUGCAUUCGAUAUAAUAAGUCCUACUCCUGAUAAUCGUUUAAUGGAAGCUGAAUUAAUAUAUAUUGUUUGGGAAAUUAUUAAUGAAUUACCUCCAUUACAAGAACGAAACUUUAUCAUUCGCUUAAAUCAUACUUCUUUAUUACAAGCUGUGUUAAUGUAUUGUGGAGUUGAUAAAGAAAAAUACCAAGACAUUUAUUCAAUCCUUCGAGAUGCACGUGAUGGAAAAUUUACAAGAUUUCAAGUACAAACUCAUUUAAUAAGUUUAUGUUUGACUGAUCAGGCUAUGGAAACUUUAUUUAAUUUAUUUGAAACUGAAAGUACUGUUGCUAAGAUUCACAGUGUUUUAAAAACAAUUACACGAAGAAAGGGAGAUGCUGCUGCUUUAGCUAGAGAAGGAUUGAAAGAAAUUGAGAUAGUUAUGGAGAAUAUUGAAACACUUGGUGUGAAGUGGCCAAUAGUGGUAGUACCUCUUUUAGUGCACAAUAUAAAUCAGCAUAGUGGUAUAAUUUAUCAAAUUACUUAUGAAGUUAAACGACGAAAAAAAAAAGGUGGGGAAGAAGUAAUAGCAGCAGGAGGUCGAUAUGAUAAAAUGCUUUUCUCCUUCAAAAAAAUUCUUGAACGUACAGGAAUGGCUAGUAAAGAAAUUAAGCAAUACGGCGCUGGAAUUAGUAUUUCGCUAGAAAAACUUGUUUCUGCCGUUUCAGAAACUUCAGAAUCUUUAGAAUGUAAAUACGGAAUUGACAUUGCCAUUUCUUGUAUGGGCAAUCAUAAAGAGAUGAUUGAUCUGUUAAAGGAAUUAUGGAGUCUUGGACUUAAAGUUACAAUUUUAGAUCUAGUUUCCCUUGAAGAAAUCCUAGAAUAUUGUCGAGAAAACUCUAUUAAUCAUGUUAUUUUUUUAAAAAGUGGAGAAAAGGGAAGUGUAAGGAUUCAAAGUUGGGAACGUGAUAGAUUUCAAGAAAAAAGAAUGAGUAAUCAAGAAGUUGGAGAGUUUUUUCAAAGAUUAGAUAAUUCUAUACCAAUUCUAAAUAGAUCUGAAAGCAAAAUAUCAACAAGUGAUAAUUUUUUAAGUAAUAAUAAUCCAGUUAAUGUCAAUAUUAAUUUUAUUUUAUCUGAAAGAGAUAAACUUUCUGGUAGUUCUAGAAGAAGUUUAAAAAAUUCUAUGAUUGCACAGAUGUCCACAUAUUUUCAAAGGAUUUCUCAUAAAAUUCCCAUUGAAAUUUACGCAGUAUUUUUAGAAAUGAGUGUUAUAAGAACAAUAAUAAGUUUCUUGGAGAUUGAUGAAGAGGAUCCAGAAUUUCUGAAAAGCAUACAAGUUAUCAUAGACAAACAUCCAAGGCAUAAGAAAUACAUAAAAGAGAUAUGUGAGAAAAUGCAAGAGGCAAGGAAAGAAAAACAACGACCUGUAUUAAUAUUAUAUAGCUUAAUUGAUAAUCAAUAUAUGACUCUUCUGUAA